GAUUGGUAUGUAGAUGUAAAAAGGGCGUGACCGUGAUUAACGCAAUUCAGUUGUUAAUGAAGAUAACUACUGACUUGAGUUAUCAUUUUAUCCUCGUUAAGUUUGACUAUCAUAAUUAACGUUUGUGACGUCACAUCAUCACAGCAAAUCAUUUUUCAUUUGGAAAAUCUUUGAGUUUUAUGCAGAGAUGAUUUACAGACGAAAAUGAGAUGAAAGCGGUCUGGAUUGUUUUAUUCGCUUUUGCGAUUGCCUUCUUUGGCAAAGGGAAUUCUUUGCCAUCACACUAUCUUAAGGAAGGACACAUUUCUCCUUCAUUACGUUUGGAGUCUAUCAAACACAGACAUAGUCGAGGUGUAGAUGAUUUGGGUGGGGUAUUCUACGACACUCAUCACGAUCCUGAAGAACUAAUUAGAGAGCCUGCAUCUGGGGCUGAUUUGGUCAAAAGGGGCACUAAAACACCUCAAGAUCCAGAACACGGGUCAAGAUCAGAUCUCACUGAGUGGGGCUCUGGUGAUACUACAAAUACAGAGCCUAAAACACAAUCAGACAACAAAGAAUGGAGCUCUGGAGAUCUUGAGGGUACGGAACUCGAUUCUGAAAGAGACCCUGGAGCAAUACAAGAUAUAGAUCUUAAAGCAGAAACAGGUAACACAGAUCGGAGCUCUAAAGAAUGGGGCUUUGACGCAAGUCAAGAUGAGGAGCCUGCACCUGAAACAGAAAACAGAGAAUGGAGCACUGAAGAUCCUGAAGAUACGGGACUUUAUUCUAGAUGGGGCUUAGUCGCAACUCAGGAUAAGGAGCCUGAAGCAGAAACAGGUAAUAUAGAAUGGAGCUCUGAAAAUCUCAAAGACGCGGGACUUGAUUCUGAGACAAAGCUUGAUAAAAGGGAUACUGGAAAUCCUGAAGAUAAGGAACCGGAAUCGAGAACUGAGGAACCAAACCGGAGCUUUGGAACAGCUCAAAAUAUGGAAGAGGAACUGCAAAAGCAGGCAGAUUUACAAACCUCAGUGAGAUCUGAUAGGUCAUCGGUUGAUGAUCCAGCAUCAAAGUAUGCUGGUGUGUCUGAGGACAAGAUGCAUUUGAACCCGAAGCAGUUUUCCAUAAAAGGUCUAAAAGGAAAAUCAGCGCUCAGUUCAUCUGCAGACGGAGAUACCAUAUUCAUCAUACAAUUUCCAUCCCAAGGAAAAACAACUGCACCACUAAGGAAUGAGAAAAAGGACGAAGUAAAAUUGUCAUCGCCUAAUGGUAAAGUCUUGAAUCUUAAUUCAGUUAUUCAGUUGAAUUCAGUCGACGAUGGUGAUGGCCACGCAAAAAUGAUGGAAGAGAAAAAACCUGAGGAAAAAAGUUGGAUUUCUGUCGCUGAAGCUGUUGUUGGCUUUUCCUUCACAAUGAUUGUACUUUUUGUUGCCUUUGUCCUAUUUGCAUGGCCAGUACGAAAGUAUUACGCACGUUUAUCCAAGCGCACUAGGAAUAACCACCGUUUUGAGCGAGGAGGACAAUAUGAGGAAGAUGCACUGACAAGUAUCACAGUUGACAAGGGUCAUCCAUGGAAUCCUCCAGUUCAGCGGACAACCAACCACCCAGCACCAACAAGCUAUCAAGUGCCAGGUAUUCUAUAUGAGGAAGAUGCACUGACAAGUAUCAGAGUUGACAACGGUCAUCUAUGGAAUCCUCCAGUUCAGUGGACAACCAACCACCCAGCACCAAUAAGCUAUCAAGUGCCAGAAAGUACUAAGGUUCAAAGGGAACGCAUGUCCGCCUAUAUCGAAUGGAGGACAUGGGCAGAUGUUGCCGCUGAUGACAAAAAGAGAGAUCGAAGAAAUGCAGAGAGGAGAAAGAUUAUCAAGAAACAGACUACCGGAAAAAAUGACUCCUUCGCGAACCGCAUAAAAAUUGCCAAAGUGAUCAUUGAUGCACAUGCAAAGAACAAGAAAAAAGAGAAGAAGGCAUCUCGAAACCGACGUAUUAUCAAGCACUGCACUUCUGAAGUUGACAACAGACGAAGAAUGUCCCUUACACAACAGCUUGAAACUGCUCGAUCGAUAAUUGCCCCUGAUACGAGUCAACAAGAGGGCCUGGAACGAUCAAAGAAUAAGAGCCGCUUGAUUAAGGAUCAGCUGGCUGGAAAAAGAAGGCCAUCAUUCUCAGAGGAAAUCGAAGUUGGAAAGAAGGUGAUUGUGGACAGUGAGAAGAGGUUUAGAGUACCACCAGCCGUUGCUCAGGAGAUGCUUGGCGUGCAAGUGCCUCUUGCCAGAAAAAGGAGUUACACCUACUCCGAGAUUCUUGACGAUCUGAUUAAAACAGAUGGAGGGCAGUCGGAAAUAUCUGGUGUCAAAGCUAGUGAUGGUCAAGACAGAGAUGGGCUGGCCAGAACAAUUUCAAUUGAUAGAACAGCAGUACUGGUGUUACCUAAUAAGCACUACUAUGUGUCUGAAUAUGUUAUGAAGAUGUCAUCUCACUAA